AUCCAGAGCCUGCUGCCGUUCUUUAAAAUUCCUCUGUUACGUCGAGGUAGGAAAAAAAAAAAAAAAAAAAAAAGCCCAAUUUACCAGGAGGCUAAAUAUAUUGUGCCUUCUUAGGCAAAUGUAUCACCUGCUUGGCCAAUUAGCUUCGUCUCCCAGAAAGACUAGUUCAACAGGUUUCCUUUUUCUCCUCGGCGGCCUCCGGGGUUGGGGAAAGAGGCUGUCACUUGGCUUGGGCCCUCCCCUUCCCUCCCUCCGGCUCUCCCACAGUGGGUGGGACCAAUCGCGCCGGCUCGAACGUGGCCAGGUUGGCGGCCCCCGGAGCUCGGGGGCCUGGAUGCGCUGCGCCGCGCGGCGGAGGGCGCGGGGAGGGCGCGGCACGGCUCGCUGGCCUGCGCCCCGGAGCCUGCGGGAAGGAACCGCGCCGACACGCCGCGCCGAGUCUGAAGGUGUCCUGUGGACCCGGCCCUGAUGACUGAACUACAGCAAGAUGUGGAAGACACAAAGCCUGCGAAAGUGCUCGCCAARAGAGAGAGCAAAGUUGGUUCAGCCCACUCAGAGGCUGAAAAUGGUGUGGAGGACAAAAGGAAAACCAGCAGGAGUCCAACAGCCCAGUCCCCUACCCCCUCGGUGGAGGCCGAGUCCCCAGACCAGAAGAAAAGCAUCUGCCUGCGGUCAAAAUCCAAUUAUGAUGGUACCUCUUUAGUAGGUGAUAAGAACGACUGUAAAACAGAAAGCAAAAAUGACCCUAAGACUGAAAGAAAAAAGUCUUCCUCUUCCAGCCAGUACAAGGCGAACAUGCACUUUCACAAGUUGUUUCUUGAUGUCCCCACUGAGGAACCACUGAGGCAAAGCUUUACCUGCGCUCUACAGAAAGAAAUACUAUACCAAGGAAAGCUCUUUGUAUCAGAAAACUGGAUUUGUUUUCAUUCCAAGGUCUUUGGGAAGGACACUAAGAUCUCUAUUCCGGCAUUCUCAGUAACCCUAAUAAAGAAAACCAAAACUGCUCUUCUGGUGCCAAAUGCCCUGAUUAUAGCAACAGUCACAGACAAGUACAUAUUUGUCUCCUUGCUCUCCAGAGAUUCAACUUACAAACUGCUAAAAUCUGUGUGUGGGCACUUGGAAAAUGUAAGUGUUGGUAGCAGCCCCAUUCAGUCUUCUGGUGAAAAUUUUUUCCAAGCAGACCGCCCUUCAUCUCUGCCCCUGGAUUUCAAUGAUGAAUUCUCAGAUGUGGAUGGAGUGGUUCGACAGAGAAGUCAAGACAUGGAAGGAUACAGCAGUUCUGGUUCUCAAACUCCAGAGUCUGAGAACUCUCGAGAUUUCCAUGUGACAGAAUCCCAGACAGUUCUGAACGUCUCCAAGGGAGAAGCAAAACCAACUCGGGCAGAUGCCCAUGUCAACAGAACUCCUGAAGGAAAAGUCAAAAGUCUCCCUGCACAUGGUCUGUCAGAAAACAUUGGAAUUUUGCAUAAAGUGAAGUCCCAGAAAUGUCCGGCUCUCCACCAUAUUCUUAUAUUUUAUGCAAUUGUUGCCUGUGCCCUAAUCAUCUCGACCUUCUACAUGAGAUACAGAAUUAACACUCUGGAGGAGCGACUGGGGUCACUAACGUCCUUCGUGGAUACCCACAGUACCGAACAGAUAGCACCAUCCAGCCUGGGAUCACAAGUACAAUUAAAUGUGGAGGUCCUCUGCCAAGAACUUUCAGCUAACAUAGUGAAGUUAGAAAAGAUACAAAACAACUUACAAAAGCUGCUUGAGAAUAGUGACUGACCCACCAGAUUGCUGGGGCCAACACAAUACCUCACGUUUCCCCGCCAAGAAGGUGCUCCCCAGGCGUGCUUGUUAAGCGCCCCCUGCUGGCCAGAGGUGCGAGCCGAUGAGAAUCCAGACCUGUUUGCACUGGGAGGUCUCCAGCUCAGGAAAGGGGAGGGGAUUUGUUCUGCUUCUUGUGCAAUAAAAGUUGACCUUGUCUCUGAAGAAGUUUUUGCUGCUGCUGCUGCUGCUUCUGCUGCUGCCGCCGCUGCCUGAAGAAAACAGACCCAUCUCUGGAGGUCUCAGGAAAGGCCUGGUGGACACUCCCUGGGGUAAUUGGGGUUCUGCGAUUGCCGUGAUUGUGUCAGUAAACACUCCACCCCACACCUGUUAAGUCCUUCCCACCCUCCUUUUGCUCUUACACCCCACCUAGCCAACCUUCAAACCUAGGGAUACAUCAAACACCAAUGGACUCAAUACAGUCCUUUAAAGAAUGAC